AUGUUUGAGCGCUGUGGCACAACCCCACCCCCGAAGGCAGUCUACAAGAGGCCCCGCAGGAAGCCAUUUACAAUCUUCUCUCCCUUUACCUCGGUUUUUUUCUCGAUUUUGACGUGCUUGAAAAUGGAGGCUCAGAAGGCUGCGAGGCGGGUGCCCUACGGCAGGAUGAACGAUUUCGUCGGCAGGCGGAUCCGCUUUAUUGGGCGUAUAAAGGAAGCAGAAGAAGAUGCCAUCAUCCUUGAGGCUUCUGAAGGUAGAUGUGUGAAGUGCUUCCUUCGUGGGACCCCUCCGCCAUGCCGCUACGUGGAAGUGGUGGCAACGGUGCAAGAUGACCUGACAAUCAAACAGGACGAGCACGACCAGACCAUCCCGUUAGGAGACAACCUAGACAUUGAGUUGGCUGAUGCAGCCACAGCAGCAACCUUCCACCCGCAGUUCAGCCACAUGUUUGAGGCAGAAUAA